CCAGCCGAGGGGAGGGAAUUAUAAGCACGCACCGCACACCAUGCUCCAAGUUGGGAAUCAUUACAAACUCAUUUGCAAAUGUAAAGCGCCUGUCUUCAGCUGAACCGUUGCUGUCCAGCCUGCCUGUGUCCUCAGCUGCUUUGAGCUUGUUGCCGACAUGGAGGAAAUGGUGAUCUGGGAGCAGUACACAGUGACGCUGAACAAGGAUCCCCGGAAGGGCUUUGGCAUUGCCAUCUCGGGUGGCCGGGACCGUCCCAGCACCGUUGAUGGAGACACCUCUAUCAUCAUCUCUGAUGUGGUCUCGGGAGGACCAGCUGACGGGCGACUCCAAACCCGAGACAAGAUCGCCAUGGUCAACGGUCUCUCCAUGGAGAGUGUGUCGUCCUCUUUUGCCAUCCACACCUUGAAGACCUGCGGCAAGCUGGCGAAUAUUACGGUGAAAAGGCCACGGAAGAUCCACCUGCCAGUGACCAAAUCCAGCCAGCCCAAGGCCGCGCCGGUCCCCAGCCCUUCGACGCGUUCCACGAACACCAGGCGCUACGACUCAGACGAAGAAUACAGCAACCAGGGCGACUCGGUGCCGCAGAGCACUGGCAGACCCCCCGGCUAUGGCCGGCGGCGGGCAGAAGCCAACCACAACCGCGGCUACGACGGAGACUCCUCCAGCGAGCGGAGCUCUGGGCGCUACCGCGACGAAGACAGCGCCCCCCGCAGGCAGCCAGUCAGGAGCCGGCGGCGGAGCCAAGACGGCACCCACUGCCGACGGAGCCAGGACAGCGGCUCUGACCGGCAGCCGUUCACCAAUGGCUACAGUGGCAGCGGCCUGGCGUUGAUGUCGGGCUUCAAGCGGCUGCCCAGGCAAGAUGUGCCGAUGAAACCCAUCCGCUCUGUGCUGGUGAAGAGCAAAGACAGUGAAGAAUAUGGCUUGAAGCUGGGUAGCCAGAUCUUUAUCAAGCACAUCACGGACACAGGGCUGGCCGCACAGGACGCCUCACUGCAGGAGGGGGACCUCAUACUAAAGAUCAACGGUGUGGCCAGCGAGAAUAUGUCCCUGGCAGAGACGCGGCAGCUGAUUGAGCAUUCGGAGGGGAGACUGACGCUGCUGGUCUUGCGGGAUAACAGCCAAUUCCUGGUCAACAUCCCCCAAGUGAGGGACAGUGACUCUGAGAGUUCCCACCUGGACGACAUCUCCGACCUUGGCUCUGACGUCCUGCCACCACCACCUCCUGCCGGGAGCCCGCCGUAUUCUCCGGAGCCUUCAGAGAGGACUUCUCCCCCGUCACGGAGGCAUUCCAGCAAGGACCAACUGCCGGCGGAAGAGCUGACCGCAGCCCAGGACCUUGGUGCCAUGGAGACUUCAGUGAAUAAUUUUGAUGCUCACCCUGAAAUCUUUGUCUCUAAAGGUGGUGGGGAAGACAGGUACAGCCCUGAUUCCAAGGUGGUCCAUUUUGUCAAAGCCAAGAGUAUCGGGUUGCGGCUUGCCGGAGGCAACGAUGUGGGGAUAUUUGUAGCUGGUGUCCAAGAGGGGAGCCCAGCUGAGCUUCAGGGAAUCCGGGAAGGAGAUCAAAUUCUUCAGGUGAAUGAGAGAGUCUUCCACAGCCUGACUCGCGAGGAGGCUGUGCAAUACCUUCUGGAGCUGAUGCCGGGCGAAGAGGUGGUGAUGCAUGUUCAGAAUAAGCAAGACAGCUACAGGAAGAUGGUCAAAUCCAACGGGGGGGACUCGUUCUACAUCCGCACCCAUUUCGACUUUGAGAAGGACACACCUUCUGGGCUGAGCUUCACCCGCGGAGAGGUCUUCCAUGUGGUGGACACCCUGUACCGGGGGAAAAUGGGGAGCUGGCUGGCCAUGCGGAUGGGGAAAGACCUUCAGGAGAUGGAGAAGGGCAUUAUUCCAAACAGAAGCAGGGCAGACCAGAUCGCGAGCUUGGAGUCGGUCCUCAAAGCCACGCCGGGCUCCUCGGGGCCCCGUGCCGAGUUCUGGAAGCUGCGAGGCUUGCGGGGGGCCAAGAAAACCCUGCGCAAAAGCAGAGAGGACCUGUCGGCGCUCACCAAGCAGGGCCACUACCCGCCCUACGAGAGGGUCGUGCUCCAGGAAGCAACUUUCAAGCGGCCUGUGGUGGUCCUGGGCCCCAUUGCAGACAUCGCCAUGCAGAAACUGAUAACUGAGAUGCCGGAUCAGUUUGAGAUCGCUGAGAGCGUCCCCAGAGAAGGAGGAGGGUCAGCAAAAGUGAUCAAGCUGAAUUCUGUGUGGGAAAUUGCACAACGGGAGAAGCAUGCUCUGCUGGACAUCACGCCGGUGGCCGUGGAGCGCCUCAACUACAUGCAGUACUUCCCCAUCGUGGUCUUCUGCGAGCCGGACAGCCGCCAGGGCAUCAAGGCCAUGCGCCAGUGGCUGGCACCAGACUCCAAGAAGAGUUCGCGGCGCCUCUACGCCCAGGCGCUCAAGAUGCAGAAGCACUGCGCACACCUCUUUGCCGCCACCAUCUCCCUGGCCGGCAGCUCCAACAGCUGGUACCAGAGCCUCAAGGACAUCAUCCACGCCCUGCAGUCCCAGCCUGUCUGGAUGGCGGAAGAGCAGCUGGAUAUUCCGGCCCAGGAAAGCUUGGACGUGUUAAGCCAGACCUUGGCGGGCAGCACCGGCUACCUCACCUGCGACAGCCGUGCCAACAGUGACUAUGACGAAACGGACGCGGAGGGCGAGGCGUACACGGACCAGGAUCUUGAAGAGGCCUAUCGGGAGCCAGCCCUGGGCCGCUCCUCCGAACCCACGGAGCGCAGCCCGGAGCAGGAGCUGAGUGAGCGCGUGGAGGCUGCUCUGUCCUACCCCAUCGAGCAGCGUGAUGGAGACCAUCAGCCCCAGGGCCAGUGGAGACAGAACUAUACCGCCACACAAGACUACGACAUCAGGGAAUAUGAGCAUGAGGCUCUCCGGAAAAAGUUCACCCAGGCACGAGCUUAUGACUCGGAGUCAGACCAGGAUUAUGGUUACGACUGGGGCCCAGCUACGGACCUGUAGCCGCCUCUCCCACUACACACAUGUUGUAUUCUCUGGCUCCAGAGGAUGGGGCUCUGUCUUCUCCCCACUGCUUGGCAAUGUAUUCCAAGACUUCUAGGUUCCCCACCAGGAGAAGAGAUAUUGGGUGGUGGAUUUUGCUACUUGGAAGGGUGUGCAGGCUUUCCUUGGUCAGCUUGUGCUUUUGAUGCUCAAAGGAACUUUUCUCCAGCUGUGAUGUCAACCUGGACAGCAAAAAACAACCCUCCUCAGGAUUACUCUUGGAUUUCCGACUGCUCCUCUCCAACAUCCACGGGAGCUUGCCUCAAACCGGGUGUACAGUACUUACAGAAGCUUGCCUCAAGCCGGGUGUUCAGUACUUGCAGAUUCUGCUCCUCAGAUAAGAUUUGCACCUUCUGCCUUGCUGCUGUGUGUGAAUUGGCACACAGCACUGGCAUGAAACCACUCCCUGUGUCGUCGUCCCUCACCUGAUUUGGGAGGUUCUGGGCUGUUCCAAGAAGGGUGUAGCCAUGCUCCUGUUAUCACCUUGAACCAUGCUCUGUGCACUGCACAUGACCACUGUCAGGUGCUCUUUCUUGAUUUUCAUCAUGCCUGCCGGAUGCACAAACACCUCUCUACUGAUCUGGUCUCUUUCUCCAAUCUCCUUUUAAAAUUUGCAGCUCUAUGUGUGUGUGUGUGUUUCCAAUUACCUGAAUCUUUUUAAACCAGGCAGGGGAGUAUCUAGGGUGGGGCAGACAGGGCACGUGCCCCGGGCGCCACUUGAAGGGGGGGGCGCCAUUUCUUUUUUUAAAAAAAUUUAAGCUUGCCAAAAACAAAAUGGCCACCGUGCAUGCUCAUAUGGCCCCUAUGAGGCCCUAGGCCAUACCAGGCCUCACAGAGGCCAUUUGAGCAUGCGUGGUGGCCAUUUUGUUUUCAGCUGCCAUUUUUUAAAAAAAAAUUAUUUUAAAAAAUGGCCACGGCACAUGCUUAAAUGAUCCCUGUGAGGCCCUAGAGGCCAGCAGGGGGAAGGGGGAACCUUUGAAGACCCCCCCCAUGGCCUUUAGGAAGCCCCCCGAAGGGACUACAGGUAAAAAACCUUUUUAAAAAGUUAAUAUAAUAUAAGUCACUGUACACAUAUUCAGAUAUGUGACUUGUAUGUGACCUUCAGACUUGUAUUUUUCAGCUGAUAUUAUGGUAAAGUUAUCUGAAAGAUGGGUGUCAGAUGUUUGGACAGGGGGUGCAAUUUCAAUGCUUGCCCUAGGCGCUAUUUUCCCUAGAUACGCCUCUGAAACCAGGGCAAUGCUGACCUCACACAGUCUAGUGUUUAGCUCUGCAGCAGCCACCAUAGUUUGGACUGGUUUUUAAAACUUGGUUUCCCCUCUUGAAGCACGCACCAGCAACACAGCUGUUGGUGGGUCAGCCCAGCAAAACCUUCCCUUCUUACUUUAGCCACAGAGGUUCCACCUUGGCUCCGGCAAUGCAAAGGCUGCGGAUCAGGGCCUCUUGUGCUGGUUUCCUGUGCCUUGUAAUAAAAAGACACUUUACAAUGAAA